UACCCGGCUUCUGUUCUUCCAAGCUUGCACUUCCACAAAUACCCCUUGCUUCGUGGCCUCCCAUCUUGCCCGCCCCUCUCUCUCUCGCUCUCUCUCUCUCACCCCUCCUAGCUUUGUUCUGCCUACUUUGGCAAUUACCGGAUCUCCAUCCUCCAGGUUGCCGCUCUCCUGCCCCUCCUGUUUUACCAAAACCACCUUUCCCAGCCUACCACCCUGCCCUCUUGCCUACCCUCUUAUCUUCUUCAUUAGUUCUCUUGCUGCUUUUCAUGGGUUCCUGCGUGUCGUUCGGAUGUGCUUCUAUGUCCUUCUCAAGUCUCCAAAGAAGAACUACAGGCUGAGGGGCCCCUUUUUUCUCUCACAGCACUUGGAGUCUUUUGCUCUUCCCUUAUCCUGUCUCUUUGAUAAAGUUUUUGUUCAUAAGCCAUUGGCUGUUCUGGGGCAUUGCAACAAUGAGCUACUGAUGAAAGGUCCCUUUUUUCAAGAAGCAAUAAUGAACAAAUAAUUGGAGCAUGGCCAUGAGGAUUUCUGUUAAUUCUUCAACUUGCUGACCCCUAGGAUGAGAAGCCAAUCCUAUCCCUCCAUAACUUGUAGUAGUACACAGUUUUCGUUCGGUCGGCCUUUGGAAGCGUUGAAGGUGUUGGUGGGGAUGAGAUACUUAUUCCCAUGCUUAUGCUGAUCCAUUAGCUUCGACCCAAAGUCGUCGGCUGCUAUAUCCAAAUGAGAGUGAAAAAUCACACACUAAAAAAUCAAUAAGCAUCAAAAGUCUUCAAGUUUUUCUCGAAGAUAGUUUGGUGGGUCUUAGUGAGGAUGGUGGUCUGUUGUAAAGGAUCUGCUCUUAGCAGAUUAUCGAAGUCCAAGGAUCAACAAGUUCAGCAGCCAAAGUAUUAUCAACCACAAAAUUCUAAGGGUUGUGGGAAAUGGAGAAAGAAAUUUCUAUUUUUGGGGAUCUUACUUGGAGUUUUGGUGUCUAUUUGGAUUUUUUUAAGCAUGAAUGCAAAUAUUAUUGCAAGGAGGAAGGAGACUCUUGCAAACAUGUGUGAUGAGAGAGCACGGAUGUUGCAGGAUCAAUUCAAUGUGAGCAUGAACCAUGUGCAUGCAUUGGCCAUUCUGGUCUCUACUUUUCACCAUGGAAAAAACCCUUCUACGAUUGAUCAGAAAACAUUUGCAGAGUAUACAGCCAGAACGGCAUUUGAAAGGCCACUGACGAAUGGUGUUGCCUACGCUUUAAAAGUACUUCACUCACACAGGGAGGAAUUUGAGAGGCAACAUGGGUGGAAGAUAAAGAAAAUGGAAACUGAGGAUCAGUCCCCUGUUCAAGAUGACUACACACCUGAGAAGCUUGACCCUUCACCUGACCAAGAUGAAUAUGCACCUGUUAUAUUCUCUCAGGAAACUGUGUCUCACAUCGUGUCCAUUGAUAUGAUGUCGGGGAAGGAAGACCGUGACAACAUAUUGCGAGCAAGGGCAUCAGGGAAAGGGGUUCUGACGUCUCCUUUUAAUCUUUUGAAAUCCAACCACUUAGGAGUUGUGCUUACGUUUUCUGUAUAUAAUGCUGACCUUCCUCCAAAUCCUACUCCAGAAGAGCGCAUUGAAGCUACUUUAGGAUACCUAGGUGCAUCAUUUGAUGUCCCAUCUUUGGUGGAGAAGCUUCUUCACCAGCUUGCCAGCAAACAAACCAUCGUUGUUAAUGUGUAUGACACAACUAACUCGUCUGCCCCUAUUAAGAUGUAUGGCCCUGAUGUCAAAGGUGCUGGAGAAAUUCAUAUCAGUAAUGUGGAUUUUGGGGAUCCACUUCGUAAGCAUGAAAUGCAUUGCAGAUUCAAGCAUGAGCCUCCACUACCUUGGUCAGCAAUAACAACCUCACUAGGUGUUGCAGUGAUUGUUUUGCUUGUUGGUCAUAUAUUUUAUGCAGCAUUAAACCGCAUUGAGAAGGUGGAAGAUGAUUAUCGUGAAAUGAGGGAGCUGAAAGUUCGAGCAGAAGCUGCUGAUGUAGCAAAAUCACAGUUUCUGGCAACGGUUUCCCACGAGAUCAGAACUCCAAUGAAUGGUGUCUUAGGUAUGCUACAGAUGCUGAUGGACACAGAACUUGAUGCAACCCAACAAGAUUUUGCAAUGACUGCGCAAGCUAGUGGAAAAGCUCUAAUAGCUCUGAUAAAUGAGGUCCUUGAUCGGGCUAAGAUAGAAUCUGGCAGGCUUGAGCUGGAAGCUGUUCCUUUUGAUGUUCGUGAUGUUCUGGACAAUGUGCUGUCUUUAUUUUCUGACAAGUCACAGGGAAAAGGCAUAGAGUUGGCGGUGUAUGUAUCUGAUCGGGUUCCAGAGGUUCUCAUUGGGGACCCUGGGCGGUUCAGACAGAUCAUCACAAAUCUCGUUGGAAAUUCGGUGAAGUUCACAGCAGAAGGGCAUAUAUUCGUCUCAGUGCAUCUGGUGGAGGAAGUUAAGAGCUCAUGUGAUGUUAGCAAUCGAGUCAUAAGAGAUACUGAGGAUGGCACAGACACGUCAUGUAAUACAAUUAGCGGAUCUCACAUAGUAGAUAGAUGGAAAAGCUGGGAGAAUUUCAGAUGUUUCAAGUUUUCAACAGAAGCUAGCGAUGCAAUCAACUUGUUGGUGACGGUUGAAGACACUGGUGUGGAAUACCUCAAGGAUGCUCAGAGCCGUAUUUUUACACCUUUUAUGGCCACAGCAGACAGUUCUACUUCAAGGACAUAUGGUGGGACUGUAGGCUUGAGCAUAAGUAAAUGUUUAGUGGAUCUAAUGGGUGGGGAAAUAGGAUUUGUUAGUAAACUGGGGAUUGGUAGUACCUUUUCUUUCACUGCUGUAUUUCAGGAAGGGCGGAAGAAUUUAGGGGAUAUGAAGAGGCAUCAUCCUGACACCCCUGUGUCAGAUUUCCAAGGAAUGAGAGGGUUGGUAGUUGAUGGAAGAAGCAUACGUGCUGAGAUCACAAAGCAUCAUCUUCAGAGAUUAGGGAUACAUGUGGACAUUGCCCUUAAUUCAAAAUCGGCACUAUCUGGCAUAUUCGAAGCCUGCAAUUUAAGUGGGGUGGGGCAUUUGGACAUGGUACUUGUUGACAAGGAUGCUUGGGGUGGAGGCUCAGUAUUGCAUUCCCAUGCCUUCUUGCAGAGCUUGGGAAAAAUGGUACAAUGAAACCACCAGAACAUCUUCCGAAGAUGUUUUGUUGCAACCUCCCUAAGUCCCACGGAGGUUGAUGAUUUGAAGUCGGCAGGAUAUACUGAUACUAUGAUGAAACCCCUUCGCCCAAGUAUGAUAGCUGCUUGUCUUCGAAAAGCACUAGCGAGGAACAAGAGACGAAAAGAAAAAGGACAAGCCAUGGCACUUCAAAGUCUUCUGAGUGGGAAGCAAAUCUUAGUUGUCGACGAUAAUGCAGUCAAUCGCAAGGUUGCUGCUGGUGCUCUGAAGAAAUAUGGAGCUGGAGUUACAUGUGCAGACAGUGGGAAGGCUGCUACUCAGAUGCUCCAACCUCCUCACAUUGAUGCUUGCUUUAUGGAUGUUCAGAUGCCGGAGAUGGAUGGGUUUGAAGCGACAAGACAAAUCCGCUCCAUGGAAAAAGUGAAUGAGCUGAUUAAGUCUGGAGAAGCAUCUUCUGAGAAGUUUGGCAAUGUUGCCCAUUGGCACAUACCAAUACUGGCCAUGACGGCUGAUGUAAUCCAGGCAACAUACGAAGAAUGCAUACGAUGUGGUAUGGAUUAUGUGUCGAAGCCAUUUGAAGAGGAGCAAAUCUACUCUGCUGUUGCACAUUUCUUUGAGUCUGAUACACUAGAUUCAGUAUCAUAGGAGCUAUUGAUUGGAGAUUGAGUCUGGUUUUUUCGCUAGAGCUCUUAAUGAUUCAGGUGUUGAAUAGUGACAAGCAGAGCAUGUCACAGGAAGGGCCAGAGAAUAGCAUUUCAUCAAACUUAGCUGUAUUCUAAUGGGCUUCCUGAUCUGGAAUGCACAACUACCAGCUUAUAUGGCGGGGUCUAUGGAAUUCAAUGAGUAUCGAACGAGAGCACUCUCACAAUGUAAUAGCAGCUGAUGUCUUCGCACCCUCAGUUGUGUGAUUAUUGUACAAAGUUAAGAAUCUGCAAUUUAUUCAUUCAUAUGUUUUGAAGUGCGGCAUUGUAGAUGGUCAGUAUCAAAAUUCUUGGAGAUAUUGUCUGUUGAGUGUUGUACAUCGAUAUGCAGGCUAUAGUUUUGACUGACCGCAGGGGAAUGGAAUUUCUUAGUGUUGUAUGCUACGAUGAGAUACGACAUACUGAAGCAGAUGUUCUUUUUUCUUGAAGUUCUCAUCUCCUUUGUAAUAUGAAAUAAGUUCCUUUGUUCUAUUAUGCCUAUGAUUGUAUAUUUUGUAAACAAGCAGCACUUUCAUGUAACAUAUAUAUAUAAUAUAUAUAUAUAUAUAUAUAUUAUGAAAUAAGAAGUGAUUUCUUA